AAAGAUCUGAUCUCCUUCUUUCCAUAAUUCUCAUAUUCGGACUAAAAUAAGAAAUUUGUAUUUUAUAAUCUUAACUAAACCAUAUUGCGAAACCAAUAUGAUUAAUAUCAGGGAUUUGUCAUAUUAUCUAAUGGUUUAAGUUACUAUACCAGCCAGAUAUGUCACUAAAUUACCCAUUUGCAAAAAGGUGGAACAGUAACCUCCGCAAAAGACGAUAGGCAGCCAUGUCGCCCUGUCCCACCACCGCCUCAAUCCUUUCCACCGAACCUUGUCCCACCACCGCCACAAUCCCUUCCUCUAGCCCCUCCUCGCCAACCACCAUCAAAAUCCCUCCGACCGCAUCUCUGACCCCCAGCACCUACAGAGACAAGCUCGUUGGCCAUCCCCAUUCCAUCAUUUCUCAAUCGUUCAUUCCACCUCCUCCUCAAUCCCCACAAAACCCAGCCAACCACUCAGAUGCUCGUCCUCCUUCACCCUCCCCCUCAACUACUGUCACUCCGACCACUUCUAUUUCGGUCAACGAAGCCUCUAACCAUUUCCCCAUCAGCCACCCAUCUGGGGAAAAUGUCCUCACCAUCUCCCUCACCCCCGAGGAGAAAGAGCGCCUUUACCAGCCAUGGCGCCACAGUGUGAUCGUUAAGCCAUUUGGGCCUCCAAUGGAGUUUGCUUAUGUUGUUCAGAAACUCAAGCAAGCAUGGAACUUUGCGAGUGACUUCGAUGUUAUUGACCUUGAUAAGGGCUUUCUUCUCAUCAAGCUGUCCUCAGAACAAGACUUCUCCACAAUCUUCAAGCAAGGGCCAUGGUUCAUUGGCGGGCGUUUUCUUUCUGUCCGGCAUUGGGUCCCUAAUUUCAGACCUGAAAUGGCAACACCCUCAACAACUGCUAUUUGGCUGCGCCUUCCCCAAUUACCAAUUGAAUUCUUCACUCAAGACAUCCUUCAGCGAAUUGGGAAUUCCCUUGGCUCACUCCUUAGGAUUGAUGCUACUACACUUGCAGGAUCUAGGGGCAGGUUUGCACGUCUCUGUGUUGAAUUUAAUCUACAGCAACCACUCCCCCCCUCUCUGGUCAUUGAUGGAUUCUCUCAAAAAAUUGCUUAUGAGGGCAUACAGUCCUUGUGUUUCUCUUGUGGCCGUUUGGGACAUAAGAAACACCAAUGCCUAAGUUUGCUCAAGGUUGACGGUGAAAUCCCACCCCCUCCUGCUUCUACUUCCCCCCCAGACGGACAGUAUGGUGAAUGGCUCAUUGUUACUAAGAAACGUCACCGGCAGCAAUCUAAGUUGACUUCGCCGCCAACAGCAAGCUCUCUUAGAACCGGUGAUUCGAGCAAAGGCGUGAUUCGAAAUCGAAUUCGAAAUUCAAACCCAAGCCAGGCCCAACGUGUUUUGCAAGCCCAACACCAACCUUCGGCCUCUGCACCCAUUCCUAAAAUCUUGGCUAAAUCGAAAACCCAGACCACCGUUUUGAUUUCCCUUAACCAUAACCCCUCUGAUUCCCAACCUAUUUUGGCCUCCCGCCAAAACCAUGCUCAGACAUUUCCUUCUUGCCUUAAUUCACCUGCUGUUGAUUUUAACCCACACCUUUUCAUCCCUUCAACCACUCCCUCAAGCUCACAAUCGCUACCCCUAAACUAUGGUCAGCCAAACAAUCCUUCCGUUGACCAGAUUCCCCAUUCGCAGCCUUCCGAGAGAGGACUAGAUACACUUCUGUAUCAACCUAAGAGAGAUGAGGGAAUAUCAGAGGGGCUCACUAGCUUACCUUCACCUUCUUCGAAUCCCAAUAGUGAGUCUACCCGGCCUGGAAACCUCCCACUUGUGCACCCAGAUGCUCUCUCUUCAAUCCCCAAUAUUUCAAAUCACGGGAAGCCCAACUCUUGCCAUGAUCUACUUAGCUCGCCUUCGCUUCCGCAGAAUCACUAUGGAAUGGAUGCCCAUGGAGUUUGCUCUACUCAGAAUCCAGAGCUUGUUCUCAAAUCUGUGGCUCUCAAAGACAUCUACCCUGGACAUGGCAAACCAGAUGACUCAGGAUGUUGUAACCACAACCUACGAGACCCACCUUCUGGUGAAUCAUCUGAUCAGAAUCCAAGAACGACUGGACAACAACCUCAUUGCCUCGAUUCGAGCAAUCCACCUAGUAAGUCACAUGCACGUCUACGUCGGGUCCUUAAAUCCGCUCGGAAUAGAGAUGGUGGGAAUAGACAUCGAACCCGCCUGGGAGGAAACUGCAAGGAUUUGGAAGAGGGCAAACUGGGCUCCACAGAGUUGGAUGCCACUCAACUCACAACUUAGCUCCUCAAUUUCAUUGGAUUUCCCUGAACUCAACGCAAUGUCUAUCUUAUUUUGGAAUGUUCGGGGAGCGGGAAACCCAGCUUUCCUGCGUAAUAUCCAUGAUCUUGUAGAUAAAUUUAGCCCCAACA